GGUAUAAUUAAUAUAGAUCAUUAUAUAGAGACUAUAUAGAGAAUAUGAACUAAGUAAAUUGUAGGUAAACAACCCUCUCGGGAAUGUUAUAGGUUGAGUGUCUCUCUAUCCCCAUGGUGAUAGCAAUCAUGCAUCAAGGAAUGAACGAUGCUACGAACUACGAGGCCUUAAACGUUAAGGUACAGGAUGAAGUAUCCAAGGAACACCAACUGCAAAAGCUAGAGGACAGGACUGAUAAAAGCGCCUAUACGUUGGAUGCCUGGAAAUCUAUCUGUUUUGGAAAGUAUAAAACUCGCUGGCGUGGAUGUAUAUUAAUGAAAAGCCCUUUUAUAAUCGUCACCUAUCAACAGCUGUUCUGGGAUGUCAAGCCUCGUACGGUACUGGAGUUUGGAGCAAACAGCGGUGGGUCAGCGGUAUGGAUGGCUGA